AACUAUCCUCCUGGUCCCAAAGGCAACCCGGUCCUCGGCAACCUUUUGGAGCUUCCGCGUACUCUGCUCUUUCUCAAGCUAUCGGAAUGGGCCAAGGAACAAGGCAAGGUGAACACGUACGCUGUUUCGACGCCGACACUCGUUAUUAUUAACAGUGCCAAGGUUGCGGUGGAUAUUUUGGAUCGUUCAUCCAUAAUCACCGGUGACCGGCCAAACUUG